AUGCCCGUUGUUAAAGGAGGAGUUUGGACGAAUAUCGAGGACGAGAUUGUCAAGGUAUCUGUCUCCAAGUAUGGAUUGAACCAGUGGGCUCGAGUCUCUUCUCUUCUUGCGCGCAAGACCCCAAAGCAAUGUAAGGCGCGGUGGUCGGAAUGGCUAGAUCCUGCUAUUCGUAAGGUCGAAUGGUCAAAGGAAGAAGAUGAAAAGUUGUUACAUCUUGCAAAGUUGAUGCCCACACAAUGGAGAACAAUUGCACCUAUCGUUGGAAGAACUGCUACACAAUGCCUAGAAAGGUAUCAGAAGCUGUUGGAUGAAGCAGAGGCUCGAGAGUCCGAUGAGUUAGGGCUUGGAGGACCAGCUGGCGGUGAGACAGCUGCUCCUAGUGCUGAUGAUGUUCGAAGAUUACGGCCGGGAGAGCUAGAUCCUGAUCCUGAAUCCAAACCCGCGCGACCGGAUACUAUUGACCUCGACGAAGAUGAAAAAGAAAUGCUUAGUGAAGCACGUGCGCGUCUCGCAAACACUCAGGGUAAAAAGGCCAAACGCAAGGCCAGAGAACGGCAGCUAGAGGAAUCGCGGAGACUGGCGGUUUUACAAAAAAGAAGAGAGCUUAAGAAUGCAGGAAUUAAUAUUAAAGUUGUUACGACGAAGAAGGGUCAAAUGGACUAUAACGCCGAUAUUCCAUUCGAAAAGCAGCCUGCACCUGGAUUUUAUGAUACGCUGGAUGAAAAGGCCCGAAAUGAGAGGCAGCGGGAACUUUUUGAUCCGAGAAAGCAGCAAUUGGCUAACAAAAGAAAAGGGGACCAGGAGGAAGACCAAGAUAAGAAGCGCCAAAAGAAUGACAAAAAUGGAUCAAGCGCCGCGUUUGCUGCUGCUGCCAGAGCUGGCCAGAUGCAACGCAUUAGGGAAGCUGAACAGAGCAGCAAGCGUCGCUCUCUCGUUCUCCCUGCGCCUCAGGUCAGCGAGACUGAACUUGAGGAAAUCGUGAAAAUGGGUAUGGCAGGGGAUCGCGCUAGCAGGAUAGUAGGAGAUGAUGAGGCUGAUGGUCCACGAGGGCUGGUGGCAAAAUAUUCCACAAUAAUUGGCGGCACCCCGAUCCGAACUCCUAGAGCAGCCCCGGAAGAAGAUCGCAUCGCAAAUGAAAUCCGAAAUAUCCGGGCUUUAACUGAGACACAGUCAUCUCUUCUAGGUGGAGAAAACACUCCUUUACACGAGGGCGGAGGGUCUACUGGGUUUGAAGGAAUUGCACCACGAAAACAACAGAUGGUCACCCCAAAUCCUAUGGCAACACCUUUCCGUCAGCCUGGUUCUAUAGGAGCAACGCCAGCAAGGAUGGGCCCCGGGGCUACCCCACUACGUACUCCAAGGGAUAAUUUUAUGAUCAAUAAGGACACAGGUCUUCCUGUUGGGAGCACUCCUAGAGAGGUGAAAUUGAAGGAAAAUUUUAUGCGCCAGCAACUUCGUGAACAACUCAAGUCUCUCCCUAAUGCCAAAGAGACGGAAUGGGAGCUGGAAGAACUACCCUCCGAGCAGCAGGAGCCAAAAGUAGCGGAUAAACUUACGGAAGAAGAUGCAGCGGAACAGGAUAAAAGGGAUAAGAUCGCCGCUGAAAAGAAAGCGAAGGCAGAUUUUAAGAGGCAGAGUCAAGUUUACCAACGUGGUCUUCCUCGACCCCGCGCCGUAGAUCUGAUGUCACUCGUAUCACAAGCGAAGGGGGGGGACGACCAGAUAACGAUGGUUAUUUCAGCGGAGAUGGCUACUCUAGUUGCGCAUGACGCCCAUAACUUUCCAUUACCAAGUACCCGGAUGCAAGAUAAAGUAUCAAUGAAGGAUUCACCGAGUGACGACCUCAUAGCUUGGGCUAGAGUCGAAAUUGAAGAGGAGAUAUCGCGGGAACAUCUAAAGCAAUGGCAAGAUGGGUUCGAUGCGUCAUGGAUAUCGCGCUACGAGUCGUCUUCUGCACUUCCGGGAUUAUCGCAGUACGUCGACGAUGACUUGGACACACAAGAAAAAAGCAUGCGCGCAGCAUUUGAUAACAUUCAGAACAUCUUAAUCCAGACUGCCGUCCAGGGAAACAAAAUGGAGAAAAAGGUGGCAUUACAUUAUGGCGGGUAUCAAGCCAGAGCAAAGAUGCUGAGGACUAAGGUAUUACAGGCAGACGAGGCGCUGCAAAAGGCAAAGAUCGAUUUGGAUUCGUUCAAAACAUUGCAGAUUGGAGAGGAAUCUGCUGUGACGAGACGGGUAGAAAGCCUCCGUGAAGAAGUCACCUUCGUGACCCGGCGAGAGCGCGAAGCCCAGGAAGUGUAUCGGAAGCGCAGGGAGGAGCUGGAUUCUCUCUGA